AGCUAUCUCGCUCACGCACGUCAAUCAGCUGUUCUACCAACAUGGCCACGCUGAGCCGUUCAUCGGGAAAAUUAUUACGAAAAGUGCAUUUUUUACCAGUUUUAUCGCGUAAUUUUAGUUCCGUUAAGCCUAAUAAGUUCAACAAUUAUGUGUGGAAAAUGUGUGCGUGUGCUGUCGGUGGGGGAAUUUUGUUAUACGCCGCUAAUAUCAAGAAUAGAGGGACCGUCUACGCUCUCAAAGCAAAGCAACCGGAGGAGCUGACGAAGUCUGUAAAGCUCACGUCCCGUGAGCGGCGUUUUAUCAAGUUUGCAAGCGUGGAACAUGGCGGCCAGCUCUACAUGACGCCGCAGGACUUCCUCGAGUCUGUCGUGGAGCAGGAACCGCGCCCGCGUCUGAAGCGCCGCAUCCUCACGACUAAGGAGAUUGAACAGUUGCGCGACCAGGUGCCGCCCUUGAAGAAGGGCUCCCCACAGAUGUUCCGCAACAUGAGAGAUAAAGGAAUCAUCUCCUACACCGAGUAUCUGUUUCUCCUUUCCAUCUUAACGAAACCGGCGUCCGGUUUCCGGAUAGCGUUCAACAUGUUCGACACGGACGGCAACCAGAGGGUCGACAAGAACGAAUUCCUUGUCCUGCUAGCUCUAGUGUCGCCGAGCGCUCUCCGGGAGAAAAUACAACGAGAAGAGCAGCCCAAAAAAAAACCUUCCACAAUGGAGAAGAUCUUCAGUUUCGCGUGGAAAGGCAAGCGCGGAGUGGCGGUGGAGGGCGACGAGGGCCGCCCGCAUGACGCCUUCGUCAACGACGAGCAGGGCCUGCAGCGGCGGCACAGCGUCGACACGCUGCUGCAGAUCCACUUCUUCGGCAAGAAGGGCACAAACGACCUGAAGUUCGAGGGCUUCCGCCAGUUCAUGGAGAACUUGCAGACCGAGGUCUUGGAGCUGGAAUUCCAUGAGUUCUCUAAGGGGCACGAGACGAUCUCAGAAGUGGACUUCGCGAAGAUCUUGUUACGCUACACGUAUUUAGACACGGACGAGUACGACAUGUAUCUGGACCGCCUGCUGGACCGCGGGGCUGUUGAUCGCGGGAUAUCCUUCGAGGAGUUCAAGACCUUCUGCCAGUUCCUCAACAACUUGGAGGACUUCACUAUCGCCAUGCGCAUGUACACGCUUGCCGACCACCCCAUCUCCAAAGAGGAGUUCCAGCGCGCCGUGCUGAUCUGCACGGGCGUGGCGCAGUCCCCGCAGCUGGUGGGCACGGUGUUCGCCAUCUUCGACGCGGACGGCGACGGCCGCCUCAGCUACAAGGAGUUCAUCGCCAUCAUGAAGGACCGCCUGCACCGCGGCUUCAAGUCGUACGCAAAAAACGAGGGUUGGGAGGCGUUCAAAACGUGCGUCAAGCAGGAGAUGAAGAGUGCCGUGUGAAAGAACCUCGCAACAGAGUUCCGUCUCCAACUAAACGUAUUUAUAAUAUUAGCCAUCUUGCCAGUCAUCGUCGAUCUCUUAGUUGUUUACUCGAUAGCACUCCUGAGAUAAUUAUUUAAUUCCUAAUACGCGUAACUUGCACAAAAUUCAUAUUAAUAUCAUAUACACUCCAUUGGCUCAAAAUAUUAUUAUAUUAAUUAAUUAGUCACAUUUAUUUGACGUUAAAAA